AGCAAACGGACAACGACCCAAUUUGAGUCAAUGACAGGUUACUUGAGAGGACCGUCAUGGUGCAAGCUUUUCAGCACACCACAAGAAUGUUACAAGUGACAUUUUAAAGAAGAUUAAUACCUGUAGAGUGGCUCAAGAGCACAAAGACAAAAGCUUUCAAACAAUAGUGGGAACGAAAAGAAUUGGAGCAACACACGGGAAACUUGUGAGGGAUGAGAACUAAGCCGAAUGCAUGACCUGGAAGUUAAAAUUGACACUGCUGGAGCUUUGCAUAUCUCAGAAACCCUUCACAGAGUCCAGAGACCAUGAAGCUUACUGGGACUAUCCUUAAACUGGAGUGCACUCAUGGCAGCACAGAGACUAAACUGUUAAACAACAUGAUGCUGGUUCCUCUACGAGCAAAUAAAACAGGUUCAGUAGUGUCAGCAUCCUCCUCAUCCCUGUCAGGGGCCGAUGGCGCAAAGACUCAAUGCUUCAUAUGUGCAGACAGAGCCACAGGUAAACAUUACGGUGCACCCAGUUGCGAUGGCUGCAAGGGCUUCUUCAGGAGGAGCAUUCGCAACAACCACACUUACAGCUGUAGGUUCGACAGGCAAUGCAUUGUGGACAAAGACAAAAGGAACCAGUGCCGCUACUGCAGACUACGAAAGUGUUUCAAGGCCGGAAUGAGAAAGGAAGCUGUUCAGAAUGAGAGAGACUGCAUCAACAGUCAGAGAGCCAAGGAGCAGACAGUGGGCACUUUGUCCAUCAGUGUGCUGCUGCAGGCAGAGACCACUGUUCAGCAGUUCCCAGCACUUCUCUCUCCUAGGAGCCAUGACAUCACCACCAAGAAGACAGCAGGUGUGGGAGAGGUGUUCGAGUCCAUGAAGCAGCAACUCCUCCUGCUGGUGGAAUGGGCUAAACACAUCCCAGAGUUUUGUAGCCUUCCAAUAGAUGACAGGGUAACCCUUCUACGAACCCACUCUGCAGAACAUCUUAUCUUAGGGGUAGCAAGACGCUCACUGCCUUACAAUAAUGUCAUUCUUCUUGGUAAUGACUUUGUGAUUCCACCGAGAGGUGCAGAAGUAGAGAUAUCCAGAGUGGCAUUCAGAAUUCAAGAGGAGCUGGUCAAACCUCUCAGAGAGCUGGUCAUCACAGACAAAGAGUUUGCUUGCCUCCGGACGAUUGUCUUCUUUGCCCCAGACUGUUCGGGACUGAAGAGUCCUCAGGUGGUUCGACAUCUCCGUUUCCAGGCCCAUCUUCUCUUAGAAGAAGCAACAUGUGAGCAGCGAGGAAGGUUUGGGGAACUCCUGCUGAUCCUGCCUCCCCUGCAGAGUGUGGCCUGGCAGAUGGUUGAGACUCUUCACUUAGCACAGCUGCUUGGCGAGGCCAAAAUGGACAGCCUGCUGCAGGAAAUGUUGCUAGGGGAGGGAACUGAAACGGGACAAGGAGUCUGUACAGUUUGUCCUGUGCCUGCAGGAAAUGACCCAACUCAAGACCAGCAGAAUGACCUGAAUGCUUCACCUGCAACCUUCCCAUCUGUGAUCUGUCAUGCUUCAAUGGCUCCUACAAGUGGCUUCCUUGCUGCCCACAUAGACUGGCACUGAGGUGUACAGACAUGGAAAGUCUGCCAGCGUGCCCACAACAUACCGAAGGCACCUGUCCACACCAAGAAACCCCUUGAAAAACAACUUAACCGAAGAAACCGGGAAAUUUUACAAGUUCGAACCAGCAAACAUACUAAUACUCACACUCAGCUGCAUACAUACAUAAGCUACAUACAUGCAAUUAUGAAUCACUACUGAGAAAAUAAUGUUAUUGUUAUCUGAGAAACAACAAAAAAUAUAAAGUUUAUAUUUUAUACAGGAACUCGUGAAAAAUUGGAAUAAUGACAUGCAACACUUUGUAAUGAUGAGUGCAAAAGAAAGCUAAGGCACACACUACAGUAAGUAUGGUUAACUAAUUGCUAACAAAUUAUAGCAUAAUACGUAGAAAGCUGAAAUGCAAAAUCCAUCAUCUGUCAGCAGAGGGCACAAAAAGCCAGUGCUUGAACAUAUUAGUUGGAGCUGUGGGGCUAUUGUUUUAUCCCAAAUGAAAGCCUUGACUAAUGGUGUCAACAAUUUGCUGCGGAAAUAAUUAAAGGAGUGUAAUCCCCACUGUCAAAUCACUGCAAGGAGAGCAAAAGUAACAGAAUAUUGCCUAAAGGAAAAAUAAAUAAAUAUUUUAAAUAAAAACAGUUAUCACCAUCAACCAGAUACCUGUUGUACCUGUUCCUGAAAUAAUUCACUUAGAUGAGCAGUGAAGGUUGUUAUUAGAAAGGUUUGAUGUGAUGAGUAAUGAGGGCUCAACAGCACUGAAACUUAGAGGCUCAGCAGUAAAACUCAGUGGCAAAAUUAUGGUCUGCAACCCGUUUCUUCUUUCUUGCUACCCUCAUUGUUUUGUUACCUUCAUCCCCACAAAGAAAUCCAUCCUCUCCUCUACCAUGGAGGCAUGGACAGCAAUACUCACAGCAGUAUGUAUAAUCUAAACAUAGUAUUGACUGUUAGGUCCAUUGUCCUGAAUAUCUACCACAUGUGCUUUCCUAUAAAACUAAAUACUUAGAUGUUGUCUUUUAAGACAACAUCAGGUCGGUGACAUAUUAGCCUAUUCUUAACUAGUGGAAGAAUCAUCAGUUUUGGAAGAAGUAUAUAAAACAAUAUGUAACUUUAAUGUGGUUUGGUGUAAUUCGAGAAAAAGAAUUGCUUCUUCAGCAAAGACCCUGGAAAUUUUCUGGAAGUUUCUAUUUCCUUUAAAGCAAAUGCAGAACAGUGUUUGGCACAGAAAGUAUGCCCCAACCACAUGUUUGACGCAGAAGAAAAAGAAUAAAUACACUAAAAGAACUGUAAAUUUACGAUUUAAAAAAAAGUCCUUUUUCUAACUUUUCUAACUUAAAUAAAUACAUUUUCCUGCUUGUUUAUUUUAAUGGUAGAGCACAGAAAAUUAAAGGAAAGUUAAAGAAAGGGUUUUUUUGUGGAAAAAAAAAACCUUCUGUCUAAAGAAAGACCUUUUUUGAUGGCUGAAUCAAUAGAUAGUGUAGUUGACUCUUUCUCUAUUGCCCUGAAAAAAACAACAAACAAAAUGAUUGUCCAGCAACUUUCCACAAACUUUUCCUGAAGUUAAAAAAAAGAAUAAAUGUAAACAACAUGAAGUGAUUACAAAAUCUGAGGUUUCAAAUUUAUCUGUGUUGACCUACAUUCACCAAUCAGCACGUGUGGGAGAAUUGAGAAACAGUUUUAUCAUGUAUGGGAGGAUAUUUGGAAACAAAAAGACGAGUGGAAAAAUCUCCAAAUGGGCAUUUUUUCUGAAAAGCUUUCUGUGCAGCAACACAACUCUUAAGUCAGACUCAGGUACUUUUAAUGAUAUACGGUGCCAGCAGGACUGCUUCACUGAAUAUAGUCUAAAUAAACUUGAGCUUCCCAAACAGACUCUGUCACAGUGUUCAUCUUUGAAGGGUUCAGGUUAGGGACUGUAAUUACGCAAUCAUAUCUAUUUGAACUGACAAAUAAUUAGAACCUGAUUGUUCAUUUUUCACAUACUCGCCCAGCACUGACUCUCACAGCCAAUCAAACAGUUAAUUAGGCUUUUAAACGGGAACACAAGAUAGCUGCCAAAUUGGGGUCCUUGUCAUACUCGGGUUUCAUUGUCACUGUAAAAAGGUAAGCGGUGACACUGCUGUGAUGUCUUUUUACUUCCCAAGGGCCUGCUGUGAGGCAGUCUAUUGAUCUGUCAAGCUCAGCAGAGAGCGAAGUGAUGCUGAAGUGUUAAAAGCUGAAUACUUGCUCUCAGUUGUCAGUGUCAUCCCUUACAUUCACAGUGGAGGGAGUCCAGAGGCAGGGCUUUUUUUUGUCUCUGCUAAAUGUUCUUUUAAAAACAAUAUUUAACCUCUUUAGUUUCUACAUCAAAGAUCAGCUGUCUGCUUUUCAUGUAGGAGAGUCACAAAUUUGUUGGAGCUUCUUGGAUUUCUGCUGUACAAAUAUUGUCCUGUGUUGAAUCGCCCUCUUAAAGGGCAUAAAGGGCUUAAUUAUGACACAGUAAUAUUUGGUUGUGCCAGGAAUUCAGAAAAAAGAAGGGAACCGAUAAUAUCAUCAAACCAAGACAUGUUAACGAUUAUACCUUCAGCCAUUCAAGUUCUAAAGUUUUUAUUGAAACCACACGAAUUUCCAAAAUUUGAUGACCUGUACCAUUUGGAACAAAAGAAUAGUACACAGAGUUAAGUAAGUUAAAGUAAGUUAAACUCGGAUUUGUGAAAAGAAUAAAAGAAAGACUGAGAAACUCUUGUGGUAAACCCCAUAGUUUAAAGACAAACACAUGAUUACAGAUUGUUAGUAUUCUAAAAAAAGUUUCAAACUCCACAGAUUGAUGCUAAAUCUCCACCUCAUGGUUGACAUCCUUCGAGAAAAACAGUACUAAAGUAGCAUUGAUUUUCUGGAGGAACUCUGCAUAAUGUCCGAGUGGUAUGUGCAAAAGAAGAAACCAUUAAAAUUUGAUGUGGAUACUAUGCAUCUUUUUAAAAAUAAAAAUAAAAAACAUCUGAAAAUA